UCAUGAUUACACCGAUAUUCAGUUUGAUUUAGCCAUUUGGGACUGAUUUUCACUUGUUAAUCAGCAUCCUUUUGUCUGUUUGUGGUUUAUUCGAUGAAUUUUCUGACUCAUCAUGAUAUGUAAUUGUCGAGGGUGUGUUGCAAUGUUUGGUGUGCGGUGCUUGUGUGGCGUGCAUUCUUCAGACUCACAGUCAUUCUGGCUCUGUGUGAACAUCCUGUUUAAUAGCACAUGCUUACGAGACAAAGAAGUGUGCAGACAGGUCCAGUUGCUUGUCCGUGGAUUUGAGUUGUAAAUUAAGAGUGUUUCAGAUGAGAUAGCGUCAUGGCCAAGGCCAUCUCUCCCAGUACAAUCUCCACAGCAGGCGUCACUAUGAGAGUCCGCAAGUCCCCUUCCACCAUAACCAGUGACCGGCAACUCUGCACCGGGCCCAUGGACACCCCAGGGCUUCCCCCAUUGCCCAAGAGCCUCAGCAGCCUCCUAAAUGCCAACAGCGGGACCUGGAGAGAAACACUUCGCAUACAGGCCCACAAAAACAUGAUCCAGGACAACUUGUCAUCGUCAAAGACGGGGCAGGGCACCGAGGAGGAGAACAGCCUGUCAUCAUCUUCACUGUCUUCCGGUGCCACUGUGGGGAAAGGCCCCCCAAAGAGGGGCAGGCCAAAGCGGGUGUCUGUUCCACAGGGGAACCUAGAUGGGGCCUUAGCCAUGCUGAGGAAAGAAAUGGUGGGCCUGCGACAGUUGGACAUGUCCUUGUUGGGCCAGCUGUGGUCAUUGUACGAAUCCAUCCAAGAGUACAAGGUGGUGGUAGAGACCAUGUCCUGUAUGUCUGACCGGGACAGCAUGGAUCUGGACAGCGAAGACCAGUCACUGAGCCCAUUAAGUCCGGGAAUGCUGUCUCCUACAUCCAUGGUGUGAUUGGAUAGAACCCUGUAGGAUUUCUCACAGGUUGGUUUUGUCAUUAUUGGAGGUGCCUGUCACUUUUGCACCUGGUUGUUUGAAACGUACAAGAAGUGGAUAUUGACAUUUAAAAUGUGUUCUAUCAAAUAUUCAAGUGCUAAUUGUUUUGACUCAUCUCAAAAGCACAAGUGUUUUUGUUUCAGUUUUUUCGCCCCAGUUUUGAAAAGUCAAUGAAAUUUUGAAAUGGUCAGUAGGCUGAAAUGCUGUAAGGUUUCAUCGGUGUGUUGUAUUGUGAAGGAAAUUGCAGAGAAGUGAGGUGCUGUGUAAGUGCCUUGCGCAAUGUUUUAGCCACAGAUUUGCCGAGUUAAGCUUUAUGCGCAUUAUGCCUCUCUUCACAUUUUAUACUGCUUGCCUUUUAAAAAGUUUUGUGCAAUUUAGUGACUUUUUUAAGGUUAGUUCACGAUGUUUGAUUACAUGUGCUUAUAAACAUAUUUGUGGGAAAAUGGGAAAAUGAAGAUGAUUUGGGAAGGUGAAAAAAUGAUUGAUAAUGUUUACAAGUGUGCCCCGAGAGACUGAGAAUCACAGAGACCAUUGCGGUUUGGUCCCCAAAAUAUCUAUUUUUCAACACCUGUGCAGUCCCCAAUGAAGUAUGCGACUCUUAGUGGAGAGCAGGUGUUCAACAAACAUUUGUUCAGAUCGUCAUGGGGAAGGAAGCUUGCCUUUUGUCUCUGAGGUCACAGUGUAAGGAUCAGUGUAAGCGGAAUUUGCAAGUGCAUUUGCCAUUAAGGCCCUGCCUUUUACCCUCCGAUCAAAGUCAAAGAGAGUGCAUAAGAACAAGCGUGUGGAAUUUACCUUUUCAAGUGCCACGCCUUCAUUUAUUGAUUAAUUUAUGUUUGUAGCUAAGUCCAGGUUGAAAGUAACAUUGUUAACACUUGGGUAAUCAUGAAGGGUUGGGGGCAUGACUACAUCUUCAUUUAAGCGGACACCAAGUGCCUGUAGAUUUUUGUUGUUGCCUAUUAACGUCUAACAGAAACCUGUGUGUGCUUUUGAAGCAGCAUUAACUUUAUAUCCAUGGUGUAUGGAGGAAGACGGCAGAGCACUGAUCCAAAAUUGUGUUUGCUGGCCCAACUAUGAAUGUGUUAGCAACAUAUUGGAAUAAGUGUAUGACUGAAAGCAAUUAAAUUGUGCUGUUUUACUAAGAAAUGAAAUACAAUUGAAAAACAUAUACUUGCAUGCAGGGUUAACCUUACUUGAGUAAAGUGUGAUGCUAGUGUGUGUUAGUAUUUUUAUAAAGCAUUGCUGUGCUGUAGUUAAUGUAAUUACACACAGAGUACUAUUUGUGUGCUAUGUUUGAGCUUCGUGCAAUUGACCAGUACUUCUCACUAAGAUGUCAGAAUUGUAGAGGAUUUUUUGUACUUAUUAGUGCCUCAGUGUCAUUGACCCAGCAAAUCUACUGAAUGUUUGGUGAGUAAUGAGGUUAACUUGGAGGAAUAUUUUAGUAAGUGUGAAGGUUUGCGGUAGCACCAUGCAAGGAUAUCUCUUUCUGAGCAUGUGUGGUUCUGAGAAGAACCGGAAUAUUUUAGGUAACUUAUUUUGCUAUUUUAAAUGGAGGAUUGGUUUAUAUAUUAUGCUUUAGGUCUCUGAAAUGUAGUUGUACAUUGAAACUGGUUUUUAAAAAAUAUUUUUUGUAUAAUGAGUCAAGAUGUCAUGUUUUUCCUGUGUGUUUGUUUUAUAUGUGUAAUUUGAAGGCUGCUUUAUGCAGAAGAUGAAGUCAAAGAAACUUCCCAGUAUUGUUUGUGAAAUAAAGAAUGUUAAGAUUUUCUUCUUUUGUCUCCCCUGCACUCUUUUUGCCUUAAGAUCAUAGUUCUUUCAACUGAAGUACAUGUUGCCAUGGUGUGUGCAUUAUCUGGUGAAUAACUGUUUGUGGCUGAGCUUUACAACUUUGCUAAAUGGAGACAAAAAGCAAAUGUUUUGUAUUUCAUUAGGUUUAUCCCUGAAGCACUUAAAAUGACUUUAACUUCAAAUUGUACUCGUUCAUUGAUGUGUAUUGUACUACGGUUGAAUAGGCAAAACAAUUCAAGGGUUUGAUUAAGGCCAAAUUUGAAAUCCUUACUUUCACUCUGAUCCAAAAACAUGUUUCAAUAUGACCCUUUCUAGAAUUCGGUUGUGUGCAAUUAAGUUUAAAAUGCUAAAGCUACUUGUUUUUUAAUGGAAUGUUAGAAUUGUAUAAGCAAUUUGAUAUUCUGCCAGCAAUUUGAUACUGUACAUGCAUAGCAAGUAGAGUUUUAUCGUCAGAAAUGAAUUAAAUCUGACCCAGGGUUGAGUUCAACACUACUAUCAUUGAUUUAAGUAACAAAGGACAGCGUAGGUCUGAAAUGCCCUGUAUAGUCCUUCAGCAGUUCAAAAGUUGUUUUGCCUUUGGUAAAAUCCAGUUAUUUAUCAGCUUACAUUUAAAUGAUUUGAGUUAGUUGAAGAUAAACUCGUCUUUAUUUCCUGUAUGUUGUUGAAUUUGGAGAAAUAUGUAAAUGUACAUUGAAAAUGAACAAAUGCACAAAAGAUAUCAAACUUUUCGAACAAAUUUGAAAAAGACGAAUAGUUACCAGUAGUAGAUAUUAGCAAUAGUUUUGAAUCUUUUUUUUGGGGGGGGGGAUACAGUCGUCUUGAUUUGCCAAAAUACAACACUACUCUAAAUGAAACGGGGAUAUCUCCCCUGAUGUACAGUGAUCCUGUCUAUACUGGUACCUAUUAUCCUCAAAAUAGCGUAAAAACACCGCCUGGAUUUUGGUUCAGGGGGGAUAGUUAAGAAGUAGUUUGUGUACGCCAUUCCAUGUGUGCAAUUUAAUGGGCCUUUUCCCAUUAAAUAUGCAAAUGCGCACUUCUGCCACUGGUUGGCAAGCAUAGCCGUCAACACCGUCAGCAGUGUAGGAGAGCUGCCCUAAUCAUAACCUGGUGCGUGGAAGGUCAAACAAAACCGUAUCACAGCCUUUGUCUAAUACUUUAGCAUGUUUUUCUCAAAAAUGAGUGAAGUUUUCAGUGUCCCGAGGAUGGAAAGUAACAAUUCCUUGUCUUUAAGUUUGGCACUCAUGUCAAACCAUACUAGUGCAGAAACGGCAUGUAUGUGCUCAUAGUUGCGUACACAUAGAGAUUUGUAUUGUUACAUUAGUGAUUUAAGCAACUUUGCCAACCAGUGGUACUAAUGCAAAUGUGCCUGCCUUAUUUGCCUAUUUCAUGGGAAAGGUCCAUUGUGAAUGCCAAGUUUGUGUCACUUGUAUUAUUUGGUCUUGCCAGUGGUUAUAUACAUGUACAUGUAUUUCUACUUCUAUAAGCACAUUGUAUUUUUUAAGGUACUGUUCGUGUCUUUAUCAUGUUGCCAUGUUUUGCUUUAAAUAGUACUACUUGCUAUCUUGUUGAAUAAAGGUACUGUUGAAGGCAUGUUUGUAACUUUUUAGAAAGCAGAA